AAUAUGAAUGCUUGAUAUAAAUUGUAAAUAAUUGUAAAAGUAAAGUUAACACCAAGCCUACAACAGUUACUCCCACGUGCAUGUUCGCGCCUGUAGGUCAAAUAUCGGUGUUCGAGUUUCCAAUUUAGAAAGAUUAUAGUCACACGCGCACAUAUUUGUACGGAGUGAUCCGCAAUGAAAUGCCAUCUGCUGGCAUUUUAAAACCUCUAUCAUUGUAUUAUUGUUUCAUUGCAGAUAAUGUCUUCUACGAAGUACAAUGGCAAUGUUACUUUUGUUUCUUCUGUUGGUGUUCUUUUGCGUUAUGAACGAGGAAUAGAAUUUAUCUUAAAUUUUUAAUUAAGGAAAUCUAAUAGUAAAAAAUACGAGUUGUAUCCGUUUUCAAUUAUUUAGUUUCUCAGAAUAGAUUUCAAUUGUAUUGAGUGUAAAAGAUUGCAGAACUAAAACGCAUUAAUUAUUCCAUCAUUCAGAAGGAUCAUUCAGUAUGACCAAUGUAACUAACUGCCUACACAGCACAGCCAUCAUGGCCAAUACCGAAUCCGGUCAUCCAGUAUACUGUGUCCUAGAGGACAUGAUGCAGAGCUGUGAACAACAGAUUGCAGAAUGUUCAGAGAUACUGGAUACUUUAGACAGGAAACAUGACCACCGCGAGGUUAUUACCAGGCAACCUGACCACCGCGAGACUAUUACUAGGCAACCCGACCACAGCGAAGUUAUUACCAGGCAACCCGACGACCGCGAGGGUAUUACCAGGCAACCCGACCACCACGAGGGUAUUGUUGCCAAGGAGUGUGCAAACCGUCAGUGUACAGCGCCUUCCAGAGAAGAGUCGAGGCGGUCAACUGAUGUUAGAAAUAGUUGCUGCGGACAUGAACGCCUCUAUGAUUCCGCAACACUUUCCACUAAUGGCGUACAACGAAUUGAUUCAUUACAUGCGCCGUAUCUUGAUAGCCGGACAACAGACAUUCCCUCACUGGCUGUAGCGACCCACCUAUUCUCAAACAAGUCAUGUUUACUGGUAAAUGGUGCUCCAUUUGCAAUAGAUAACGAGGGUAACUGUAAAGAACAAUUAACUAUAAACUCGGAUAUUAUGUCUGUGAAUGUACUCUCAGAUGGUGGUCCUUUCAAAACACCGCCCCAGACAGGACUGGUCAGUGCGGGGUCACGCGGGUGCAGACAGACGCAGUGUCACGGACAGAGACCUGAAUCGGCCAUAGAACUCGUGCGGAACAGGAAGUUUGACAGAUCCUCGAAAUGCUUACUACCGUUGUUUAUUUUCGUCGCCAUUGUCAACCCAUUGGUACUUCCGAUCCUCGUUCUCUACUACAUCCGGUCAUUACAUCACUGGCGGCGCGGUCAAGUGACCCGGGCGCUGUGGUGCCUAAAUAGGGCGACCCUCGCGGCGCUCGUUGGUAUGCUGCUGAGUACUUGUGCCGUCGGCAUCGGCGCCUUCAUCUUCCUCAGUCCUUAUCACACCGGAAGUGACUCAGGCAUUGCUACGCGCACACCCGAUAUGACCGUUAUCAAGAACACAAUUUUGAAGAAGUUCGAAUGGUACGAGCGCCAGGUCUCCUCCGGUGUUCCGCAAACGGAAGGGUCACCGACAGCGGUCCGUAAUGAUGCAGAAGAUCUUCAUCGAAAUGGGAAUGUAACCAUAACGACAACUGUUGCAGCUCAACUAUCUGCUUUGUUAAACUCAAUGGAGAAAAACAAAACAGUAUACACGCAUAACAUUACUAGAUAUAAUGAUACUUCACUUAUACACUGCAAUCCAGAUUGUAAAGAAAUACACUUGCCGUCCGGCUAAAAUAUCAGUAGCACGUUCCGUCGUUUCCAUGGUAGUGAUAACGUCACACGCUCUUAGAUCCAUCACACACACUGAUAUAUCAUCUAUUCCGUUUAAAACAAAUUACGAAAAACGAGCGUUUUCGUUUCGGUCACGAACCAUAUGGAAUUAAAUUCCAAUAAGCAUCCGACAAUUGUCUUCGAAUACUACAUUCAAAAUAACAGUUAAAGAAUACCUACAAACAAAUCAUUGAUAUAUAUGUAUGCUCAUAUUUUUUUUUUUUUUCUAUGUUAAUACUUUGUUGUGAUGUGUCUGAUGUGAUUUUUUUUUUUUGAAUGAUUGAUUUUUGAAAGAUUGAUUUUUGUAUCAUAUUUUGCAUAUUUUGUAUUAUCAUAAUCAUCAUCGUCAUCAUUAUCAUCGUCGUCGUCGUCGGAAUUGAUAAGGAAGUUAUUAUAAAAUUUAACUGUAUAGUUCAUUUUCUUUUUUCCCUUGUAUGUCCGUAUGCAUGUUUCAAAAUAUAUACUUGUGUUUUGUUACUGAAGACCACAUUGUAAAAAAGACAUUCUUCAUGAAAUAAAGUUAUUAUUAUUAUUAUUAUUAUUAUUAUUAUUAUUAUUAUUAUUAUUAUUAUUAUACACUGGGGCGGAGAUUUGUGGUAUCAAGAGGAUUAACUAAGCGAUAAAGUUUUGGGAAGAUAAUGAUGUAUAUGUUGUUAAAAAUGACGGAUUUGAUAUACAUUCAUUAAACAAGCACUCUUUUAACGUUUAGGUGAGUGUUUUAUUGUGAAAAAUAUAUUUUAGCCAAUGACUUCGAUUACUGCAUUAUUUCGUUAAAUUUUGACGCCAACUGUCCAGAGGACACCGUAAUGAGAAAUACUUAUUGAACGGAAAGUUGGUAAGAAUGCGGUCAAGUAUUUUGUUCGCCUGGUAGAAAAGCAUACAAUUUUCACAAAAACUCGUUUCACCGAAGCUCUUUUUUCGAUUUGCCGAAGAAGCAUUAUGUUCACAUACUAAAUAAAACGUUUGAUUGCUAUACGCAGAAUUCACGUCCAAUUUUAAUAGUUUACGAGUAAGUCGUUUCAGAUGCAUCGAUCGUAUUUUUUUAUAACUCUUUCAGUGCUGGAACCGAAUUUUGAAGGCCCUUGCAAACAGUUUGGAUCCAGAUGACACGCCACAGAACGUGGCGUCUCAUCAGGAUCCAAACUGUUUGCUAUUCUGAUAGUAUUCUUUGAAGAAAAAAAUUCAAGAAAAUACUUAUUUUAGAAAUUCAGCAGACGACAUUUUAGCAGACGACAAAUUUCCCAGCAUGCACAGGGUAAAGUCGAUUAAAUGGACUUGUAAAAUUGCAACAGAUAAUGCAGGACAGUAGAAUGAGUUAUAUAAGUAGCUGACUAGCUAUAGCGUUCAUUCAGGCUACGUCUAGUUUGUGUGGACAAUUAAAUAAGUGUUGUAGGAAUUUCGUAACAUCAUUGGAGAAAUAUAAUUUUCCCAGUUUGAGCGCAGCGAAUUAGAGGAAAAUUAUUUUCCUUUUCAUACGAAAGUCUCCUGUAGGGGUCGCUCAGUGCAUUGUAUUGGCGGGUAAAUAUGCUCGUGGAAUAGCCAUUCGGCUUUGCGAUACGAACCAAAGAACACGUUAACUUUCCUAAUAUUUUAUUGGAUAUAAAAUGUUGACAAGUUUUCUCAUAAAAAUGAUUAUCUGCAGGAAUAUAGUCAGUUGUUUUUUGUGUGUAAACUAUAUGAGCGUUAGUUCAUGUAUGAGUUAUGAAAUCUAUAUAAAAAUGUGAAUUGUUCACACUUGUUUAUUGUCAUACGUCAUAAAUGUGUUAUCUGGUCGUAAGCAUAGAUACCAAAAUACAAGCUGUAUUUUCAAAUUA